AUGAGCUCUCUGCAGAGUCUGGGUGGUGUGGCUGCAAACGUUUUUAGCCUGUCACUAGAGGGGCAUAAUAUACGGAAGAGAAAGCCCAGGAGGGUGGAUGAUGAAGCCGCGGGGGCCGCCUUGAAGCCGCUGGUGUUCCGAGUGGAUCAGAGCACGCCGAGGGUUGUGCGGAGCGUCCUCCUGGAGCGCGGCUGGGACCAGUUCGACGAGCAGCAUCAGGGCGUGGAGGACUGGAAUCUCUACUGGAGGGCAUCCUCCUUCCCGAUGGCAGACCACGUCAACGUCAAGCCCUGGCAGAGACUGAACCACCAUCCGGGGACGACCACCCUCACGAGGAAGGACCGCCUGGCCAGGCACUUGGCACACAUGAGAAGGCUCUACGGCGAGUCCCUCUACGAGUUCACGCCCCUGACGUUCGUCAUGCCCAGCGACUACACCAAGUUCGUGGCUGAGUACUUCAAGGAGAAGCAGGUGCUGGGCACCAAGCCCACGUACUGGAUCUGCAAGCCCGCGGAGCUUUCUCGAGGGAGGGGCAUAAUCGUCUUCAGCGACAUCCGGGAUCUUGCCUUCAACAGCGCGUACGUGGUUCAGAAGUACAUCUGCAACCCUUUGCUGGUGGGCAGGUACAAGUGUGACCUCCGCAUCUACGUCUGCGUCACGGGCUUCAGGCCCUUGACGAUUUACGUGUACCGGGAAGGGCUGGUGAGGUUCGCCACGGAGAAGUUUGACCUCGGGAACUUGCAAGACUCCUGCGCCCACCUGACCAAUAGCAGCAUCAACAAAGUGGGGGCCUCGUAUCAGAAGAUCAAGGAGGUGGUGGGUGGGGGCUGCAAGUGGACCCUGAGCAGGUUCUUCUCGUACCUUCGCAACUGGGACGUGGACGAUCUGCUGCUGUGGCAGAGGAUAAACCACUUGGUGAUCCUCACGGUCCUGGCUGUGGCGCCGUCCAUCCCCGAAGCCUACAACUGCUUUGAGCUUUUCGGGUUUGACAUCCUGAUCGACGAGAACCUGAAACCGUGGCUUCUAGAAGUCAACUACAGCCCUGCUUUGUCCUUGGACUGUUCCACGGAUGUCUCUGUGAAGAGAAGCCUUGUCCAUGACAUUAUUGAACUCAUUUACCUGAAUGGCCGAAGAAGCGAAGACAGAAAGCAUGGCGGUGGCGGCUGCAGAUCUUCCUCCCCUGGGAGCUCCAGGGUCUCCUUUGCUGGGGGGAAACAGCCUGAGCUCCUCCGCAAAGCCCCCGAGUCCCUUCCCCUUCUCAUACGGUUUGCAAGCAGGGCGUGCGGUAAAAACAACCCCACUGCACAGAGCCCUAGGCACACACGGACCUCCCAGCUUAGAGAAAUGAUGAACAGACAGCGUGUGCUUGUCACAAGGGAUGCAGCCAAAAGCAAGCCAAGGGUCAGGGCUUGGCACGCGCCCCACAAGGUGUUCUCCCUGUAUGCACCGGUAGCUCAGUGGCAGCCCCACAGGAUGAAGGGGCCCAUGGGUGUCUUCCCGGAAGCUGGCUCCUCACCAAACGACAGCGCGGGUAACUUUGUACUCAUUUUCCCUUUCAACGAGGCUACUUUUGGAGCCUCUAGGAAUGGAUUAAAUGUCAAGAGAAUAAUCCAAGAGCUCCAGAAACUAAUGAAUAAACAACCCUCAAGUGGUAAAAACUAAAA